UCGCGCUUUCCCUGUCGACAUCGCCCCCGGGAGCGCGGGAACCCGGACCUUCCUUCCUCCCCGCGGGGCGAGAGGCGUGGCGACUUCAUAGCCGAGCCCAGAAAGAGGGAAGUGGCGUCCACGGAAGCCGGAGCUGGGUGGAGUGACCUUGGGGAGAAGAUCCACUCAUUGGUUUUGUACCAAGCCUGACAAGGCCUCAGUUGUCAAAGGUGGCACCAGGAGGAUGUCACACAUAGGAGUAAAACUAUUCCUAGAGCAAAUGAUGAUGAGACAUCUGAAGGUGAAUGCAUGCUUGUACCCACACGUGGAGGCUUUGUGGGAGACUAAGGGGUCUGUGAAAGAGAGCUCCAGUCAGAGUAAGAAAUCCAGCCCACAGAUGGACAGUCUUGGUCCUGAGAGCGCUCGCCAGCACUUCCGGAGCUUCUAUUAUCAUGAAGCACCUGGACCGCUUGAGGCUGUCAGCCAACUGCAGGAAUUAUGCCAUCAGUGGCUGAGGCCAGAGAUCCACUCAAAAGAGCAGAUCUUGGAAUUGCUGGUGCUAGAGCAGUUCCUGACCAUUCUGCCCAGGGAUAUCCAGAACUGGGUGCAGAAGUAUCAUCCACAGAGCAUCAGAGAGGCUGUGGCCCUGGUAGACCGUUUUCAGAAAGAACAUGGUGGAAUAAGUAAUGAGAGUCUGUUGACAUUUGAAGAUGUGGCCUUGUUUUUUACCGAGGAAGAAUGGCAAUUACUGGACCCUGCUCAGAAGAUCCUCUACCAUAAUGUAAUGCAGGAAAACUAUGAGACUGUCAUCUCUCUAGGGUUAAAGCUCAAAAAUGACACUGGAAAUGACCAACCUAUGUCUCUUUCUACAUUAGAAAUACAAGCAUCAGGAUGCAAAGUAUUAAGAAAGGCCAGAAUGAAAGUUGCCCAGAAAACAACGGGCAGAGAAAAUCAUGGUGGUACACACAGGGUACGGAAACGGCAUCGAGCUUUUCCAGGGAAGAAAAGAAAGAAACUUACAACUUGCAGACAAGAGCUUCCAAAACGUAUGGAUCUUCAUGGGAAAGGCCAUGCAGGAGAGAAACCUUUUAAAUGUCAGGAAUGUGGGAAAAGCUUCAGGGUUAGCUCUGACCUAAUUAAGCACCAGAGAAUUCACACUGAAGAGAAACCCUAUAAAUGUCAACAAUGUGAUAAGAGGUUUAGGUGGAGUUCAGAUCUUAAUAAGCACUUACUGGCACACCAAGGAAUAAAACCAUAUAGAUGCUCAUGGUGUGGGAAAAGCUUCAGUCAUAACACAAAUCUACACACCCACCUAAGAAUUCACACAGGAGAAAAACCCUUUAAAUGUUAUGAAUGUGGGAAAAGAUUCAUUCAGAACUCCCACCUUAUUAAACACCAGAGAACCCACACGGGUGAGCAGCCUUAUACUUGUAGCAUAUGCAGGAGAAAUUUUAGCAGGCGGUCAAGCCUUCUUAGACACCAGAAACUCCACAGGAGAAGGGAAUCGUGUCCAGUGUCUCCAGUCUGAAGAAAGCCAGCAGCUAGAGCUUGGCCCUAGAGGUGAUAAAAGAAUACAAAAUGAUGAGGCACCCAGUGAUAGGAAUCUAUCAUCAACAAAAUUUGGGAGGGGCACAUGUUGUGUUUCAUAAAAAGGAAUCUAAACUCUCUUUUAUUCAGCAUUGUAUCCUCAGUGCCUCCUAGCACAAGACUGAUCCAUAAUGACUUCUUUAUAAAUAAAAGAGUGAAAUAGUUCUCAUAUA